CAAACAUCAUUCGGUCUCCCAACGCAUCCGAGCCUUGCCGACUUCCCCUGAGAAGGCCACUCCCUCCGUUGAAUUUGCCCUCAAAUUGUACCUGGAGCUUCUUAUGAUCCAGGGCUGCAACUAAACCCUGCUCUCGGCGACUCCGGAGCUCCGUCCUACUGCCAGGCACCCUACCGCAUAGCUCCUUUUUCAUUGUCACAAUGAGAGGCUGGCUUCGGACCCUUGGCUUAACUGCCUUACUGGCAGGAUGUGUGUUGGCAAAUGAAGUUGAACUAACACAAGAUGAAGCUCAUCGACAGCGUUGUUCGGGAAUGUAUAGUCGCAAAGCUUGGGGUGGAAGUGUCGAUCCCUUCAUCUUGACCAAAUUCGUCCAAGAACCCCAGUCCGGUGAUAGCGAUCCUCUCGUCAGUCUCGUCAUAUUCGAAUGGUCCGAUGAGAAUCUCAUCGGCCGGCCUGUUCCGGGUGACUCUGGGGAAAGGGAAACUAUCUGUGACGAGGCCAGUGUGCAGGCGAACCUCUGUUCGGAAGACCAAGUCGGCUCUUUCAUUCUUGCUUCGAAUGUCACCGAGGCCUCCAAGUUUCCCGUCGUUACCAAAGCCGUUCACCUAAAUGAUCCCGCGGCCAUCAAUUAUCCUAUCAAAAAGACUGGAUUUUAUUGUGUCAGCACAUACGGAUACUCCGGCGUGGACUACAAGGCCGUCAUUGAGUUCAGAAACUCAUACGGUGAACUUCCAGCUGCGCAGAUCGCAAAGCUCCCGUUCUAUGGUGGCUUGACUAUCGUCUACGCAGUUGUCGGUCUGUUCUGGGCAUUCCUUUACGUGCAAAACCGUCACGAUAUCUUGCCCGUUCAAAAUUACAUCACCGCGAUCCUUGUUUUCCUCAUUGUCGAGCAGUUGAUGACUUGGGGCUUCUACGACUAUCAAAACCGCAACGGCUUAAACACCGGCGCAAAGGCAUUGAUGGUCAUAGUUGCUGUGCUAAAUGCGGGACGUAACGCUUUCUCGUUCUUCCUCCUGCUGAUAGUGUGCAUGGGCUAUGGCGUUGUCAAGCCCUCGCUCGGUCGGACGAUGAUCUACGUUCGUAUCCUUGCCAUCACCCACUUCAUCUUCGCUGUGAUAUAUGCUGUCGCCAGUCUAUCGAUUACCCCGGACAGCGCCGGCCCGCUCGUCUUGCUCAUCGUACUUCCUCUUGCUGGUACACUCACGGCAUUCUACGUGUGGACGUUGAACUCCCUGAAUGCGACAAUGAAGGACCUUAUCGACAGAAAGCAGAAGACGAAAGCCAUGAUGUACAAGAAGCUUUGGUGGUGCAUUCUUGGUAGUAUCGUCGUCAUCUUCGGUUUCUUCUUUAUCAACUCUAUCGCCUUUGCAGGACGUAGCGAGGCCAGCUUCGUCCCCGAGCACUGGAAGUCCAGAUGGUUUGUGCUGGAUGGCUGGCUGAACCUGGUGUACUUCUUCGAUAUCGGAUUCGUCGCCUAUCUGUGGCGUCCUACUGCUAACAACAGACGGUUCGCUAUGAGUGACGAGAUUGCGCAAGACGACGACGGGUUUGAGAUUCGCUCCUUCGGUAGUGCAUUGGAUGAAGAGGACGCUUUUGGCGGACCCGAAGAACCUUCCGGUUCGGAGCAUCGUCGUGACCUGUCACCUGUGCCUCCCAAGCCUGUACCUGCAGCCCCGCGUCAACGGGAGUCCCUGGACGGUGAGACUAUCUUCGCUGUCGGCGAGGACGGGGACAAAUGGUCUGACGACGAAGAUGAAUCGCCGCGCAACUCCGGCGAACGAGAGCGGCUUACUGGCAAGCACAAGGACUAAAGGCGGCUUCCGAAGCUACACGUGCCCCGUCGUGGGCAUUGACAUCCUAAAAUUGCAGGGCCAGAAAAGUCAUUCUCGCAAUUGCUAUUUGUCUACUGUCUUGACUGUCUUGACUGUCGGAGACAUGCGGCUACGUUGCCAUAUUUCGGGGAAAAUUGGAAGUGUUGGUAUUCUUCAUGUGUUAGUUGGCUUUGCAGGCAUAUGAUGGCGUUCGGCCUAUGGUGUAUUCCCCGUUGUUCAGUGUUUCGUGUCUUUUCUGCUUCGAAUGUAAUGGAGGAGCGAUAUCUUUUCCUUUAUUUUGUAUAGAUUCUCUACCAUAUGUAAC